UCUGAAGAUUUAAAAAGGGAUCCCCAAACCUGUAGGAGAUCUUGUGACACAUUAUUCCAAGAAAAGAAGACUGAAGAUUUGCCACUGAACUAAAUAUGAAGGGACUGUGUAAUCUGACAUCAUCUGCAAUGGCACUGUUCCUGGCAGCAUCCUUCAUAGCUUUCUCCUGGAGUGCACCUCAGGCUCAAUUCCAAAGGAGAAACUGGACUCCUCAGGCGAUGCUCUAUUUGAAGGGUGCACAGGGACGUCGAUUCAUCUCAGAUGAGAACCAGCGAAAGGAUCUGUUUGACAGAAUGCAUCUUGAAACACGCAGCCAAAACACAAAUCCUUUAUCUCUUUCUGAAGCUGCAGCAGUGUUCCUUAGUUCCUUAUGGAAAGCACAAGAAGAAGUUGAAGAAGAAAACAGUCAUCACCCUGGCUACUUGACAGAUAAUCUAUCAAAUUGGUGAAAUACUUCAAAUUCCUUUAACAUUUGUAUGGCAUAUACCCUGAAAUCAUGACUUGUGUAAACAGAGUAUUUAAGUUCCCAAAGGAUGACAUAUAUAUGCAUUGCAAAAUUUUGAAUGCAAAUGGAUUAAAAGCUACUA